GGAGAGCUAUAUGAGGUCAGGAACAGCGAGUGGGGACGUUGGUGGGGAGAGUGAGAGCCAAAACGAGGCCUGAGGCAGAUUGGAAACGAGGCUGCGGUCCUUUGAACUAUACAGAGGGACCCCGGCCUUAUUUAAUAUAACGGAUUCAAUGCCCAUUUAUUCCUUAUAUUGCUCGUCGGUUGCAGUCUUGUUUUUAUCUUGAGCUCCGCGGCUGAAAAUUAUAUAUUAUUCUUGCAUUAUUGAGAAUUGAGCCGAAAAACCUGGUCAUUGCAACUGUUGGCGUUCCCAUUGCUGUCACUGUCCGGCACGCCUUGCUCAUUGUGGGAAUGACUGCAUCGGGUUUCUUUUCGUCUUUCUGAUGCAUCGUUUGCUUUUGCAUCUGAAUGCCCCCCGAUAGGCUGGAGCUGCGUUUUGCACCAAGUGCCGUGCCCUUCUAGCGUCGAGAUCUCCUCCAGCCGCCAGCAAUUAUUGCUGCUCGGAAUCCAAUCAGGCCAGUCAUGACGCCCAGAGAGAAACAACCAGGAUCCAGCCUGGAGGCGGCCCGCAUCUCGCGACUGCCCGGCGAUGCCUUCUACAUUCCAGACUUCAUCACUGAGGCCGAGGAGGCGAAUCUCUUGCAGAAGAUAGCAUCCUCCCCUCUCCCCCACUGGAAAAACCUCUCCAGACGCCGUCUCCAAACCUAUCCUUCAUCCCUGACAAGCUCCAACACAUUGCUCUCCUCCCCGCUCCCUUCCUGGCUAACCACCCCCAUCAUAUCCCCCAAUUUCACCGAUCUGGACCUCUUCACCGACUCCCCGCACAACGCCCCGAACCAUGUCCUCGUGAAUGAGUACCAGCCCGGGCAGGGGAUCAUGCCUCAUGAGGAUGGGGCUGCAUAUCACCCACUUGUUGCGACGGUGAGUUUGGGCGGGGAGAUUGUGUUGGAUUUGUAUGAGAAGGGCAACAGCCGGGACAAUGAUAUGGACGAGGGCAAAACCGGGAACGAAGAAGACCAAGCUCGGCAGCCGAAAUAUCGGAUCUUGCAGGAGAGGCGCAGCCUGCUGGUUACGCGAAACGAACUCUACAAGGAUUAUCUGCAUGGUAUUGCGGAGCGGGACAGAGAUGAGGGCCUUGCGCCGGAUUCGAUUUGCAACUGGGAGUUAUUGGGCGAGCCGGAGCGGUUCCGCGCUGGGUGGUAUAUAAGGGAGACGAGAGUGAGUUUGACAUAUCGCGAUGUGUUGAAGGUCGCGAAGGUGGGGAAUACGAUGAAGUUUUUGAAUAGAAAUAUUUGA